AUGUUAAACCUUGCCAUAUGGAACGGACGUGGCCUGAACAAGAGGGAUCAUCAGCUAGCGGUCAAGGAUAUCAUUGCUGAGUUCAGGUUACACUUUAUUGGUCUCCUAGAAACACGUGUUCGCAUUAAUAACUGUGCUAGUAUACAAUCAUUUUUGAUACCUCAUUGGAAAUGGUUUAUGGAUUAUGACAAUAUUGGAAAUCGGAUAUGGAUUGCUUGGGAUUAUAACUAUACUGAUGUGGAUAUUAUUGUGGUCGGAAACCAGUUUAUUCACUGCCGUGUCACUAUUAGAGCAUUACAAGAGUAUGUUGAUAUUACUAUUAUGUAUGGUGCUACUGAGGUCUCUGAUAGGCGAGAAUUAUGGGCCUCUCUAGAAUCCUUAGCUUUCCAAUGCAUUAAUAUUCCCUGGCUGGUUGGAGGUGACUUCAAUGCAGUCAGGGAUCUCAGUGAGGGUGAAUGGUACACAUGGCAUAAUCGUAGUGCUAGCCCUCGCAACCUGUGGAAGCGACUUGAUCGUAUGCUAACCAAUGAUACAUGGACUUUGCGGUUUCCAUCAGUAUUUUACCAAUGCCUCACUCCACGGACAUCGGAUCACUCGCCGAUGGUGGUUAAUGGGGAUAAUCAGCAGCGAUUUGGAGUCACCCGCAAACUCAAGGCACUCAAACCUAUUUUUCGAGAACAGAGGAGAAAUAAAGGGGAUCUUUCUCACAAUGUUGAGUUGGCAAGGGGGUUCCUGGAGCAAGCCCAAGUGCUGGUUAGCUCGAACAGAUAG